UUUUGGAUUAUUUAAGUGAAACAGAAAUCGUGAUCAUGUGUGAGAUAUUUCCCGAGGUGGAUAGUUGUUGCAUGGUGGUCUCGUUGCGAGUUGGGAUGCUGUUCAUAUCUGUACUGUGUAUUAUGACAGGCGUGAUAACGCUCACUGUGAUGGAGCAGUCUUCAAACAUUAAUGCUAAUAAAGUACAAAACGUCUCACAUAUUCAGAAACCAGAACAGGCGGUAUCACAAAUCGGGCUGGUCAUUCCGAGCGGCAUUUCCACGAUGGCCACUGUCUUCAUUAUAACCGGGCUCAUAUUGUUGUUCGCUACGUUAAUAGACGACGAAGGUCUAGUGCAAGUGUUCGUCUGGUUGACCUUCCUCGCCAUAGUGUUGGGUUUCGUCAUGGUGUUCCUGAUCGCCUGUGAGUGUCUGCUCAAGCCCGUCUGCUUCCUUGCUGGGAUGGACUGGCUCUCUGGGUCUAUACUGCUCGUUCUGAUUGUGGCUUAUUUGUUCUUAUGGGUGUACUUCAUCAGCGUCGCAAACAGCUACGUUAUCAGUACGUCGGGUUGAUUCAAUAUUCGGGCUCGCUCGACCGAAAGUGAUUGGAUUAUCGCGGACCUAAUUGUGUAAACAUUGUGCCAUAUGCUGAUGGAGGACGAAUUUUAUUGUAUUAAAGUUUACCUUGAAUUUGG